GCGAUACCCGCGUUGGAUUUUUGGCCAGCUCUGCCAGUAGGUCGGCAAGGUGGCACCUAGUACUACUUGGUAGCAACUUCGAACUAGCAAGAUCUUGAUGUCGACCUCACUCUACGCUCCAUUCCGAUCGCUUGGCCACGUGACGACCGAUGUUCCAUUUGUCAUUCAUUCUCAUUCUACUAAGGAUUCCGAUGUCCUUGGAUCAACCAAAGCACAAACCAACUCUCAGGUGAUCUUAACGAGUGUCGGCUUAGGAUGGGCUCUUUGGAGCGCUGACAGCCUCAGACUGUUAUAUGUUGGGCCCCUCACACCUACGCCCAUCACCUGGUUAAAUGUACACACCUCCGGAUUAGUUUUGGCUUCAGCUGGGAGUCAAAUAUACAUCUAUAAGCGCACUCGGGUCAUUGGCACAUUGAAAACAUCAAGCCAAAAAACUCAGUCUGGUGACUCAUCGAGCGACAAUUCAGAUAACGAAGCCGAUCUUGGACCCGAAUGCUGGAUUGAUCAGUUCAAGAAAGUCAGCACUCAAAACAUCACAAUCCAAGAAUUCAUCUCGUUUGGAAAUCAAGUUGUCGGUCUAUCAUCAUGCGGAAAAACUCUCUGGGUUUGGAAUCUUGACACAAAAGAACUUCAUAUUACAAUCGAACUCCCGUCUACUUUCGGUCUGGCCACCACCUUAGUUCAUCCCUCGACCUAUUUGAAUCGAAUCGUCGUCGCAUCUCAGGAGGGCCAGUUGGCAAUCUACAACAUUCAGACGGGUGCAUUAAUACAUAUCUUUCAACCUGCUUUGUUCACCACUCCAUCGAAAGCCCGGUGCUCAAGUGACAAGAUCCCAAUCACUCGCAUGGUUCAAGCUCCGGCCGUAGACAUCAUCGCCGUUGGAUUUGCAGAUGGCUGGUGUAGUUUGGUGGACGUCAAAUUUGGUGAAGAAAUCCUUGCAGUCAAGAUGGGGCAGUCCGAUGGUUCCAACCUCUCGACUAAUGCCGUUUUGGAUUCUAUCACCGGUAUUACUUUUCGAUCAGAUACCCAGGUGAUGGUCACCAGCUCAUCACAAGGCCACUUGGCCAUCUGGAAUCUUAAUGAGGGCGGCCGAUUACUUCACAUCAUACGGGAAGCACAUGAUUCCGGCAUAUCGAACGUAUACUUCUUACCCGGUCAGCCUGUAGUUGUCACAGCCAGCGGUGAUAACAGCAUCAAACUGUGGCUGUUUGAAACCCCAACUGGGCUUCCUCGUUUGCUCACCCAUCGAAGCGGACACCAACGGCCUCCUCAUUUGAUUCGCUACUAUGGCUCAAACGGAAAAACAAUACUGAGCGCUGGACAAGACAAGACCCUCAGAGCGAUCAGUAUUGUUCGAGACUCGCGAAGCUUCGAGCUCAGUCAAGGCUCUAUAACCAAACAAGCCUCUCAACUUGCCGUACCUGUCUCUUCAUUACGUUUGCUUCCUAUUACCAACAUGUCACACUCUACCUCAAGAUCUAAAGAUUGGGAUGAUCUUCUUACGUGUCAUGAAGGCUCUGCAUCAGGAAGGACUUGGUCAGUUCAGAACAAACGGAUUGGCAAACACUCGUUCUCACUGAUCGAGAAGAAAUCGUUUCAACUAGACCCGCAAGGAGAAAUCGCCAAAUGUGUCUGUGUGUCGGCUUGUGGUAAUUACGGGCUCAUAGGUACUCAAGGCAGUGGAAAAGUCGGAAUGUGGAACAUGCAAAGUGGAAUGAAACGGAGGGAGUUUAUCCUACCUGGGUCAUCUGGCAAGGGCAAACAAAAUGACAUGAUACUGAAUGUCGUUGGAGUUGCAACGGAUGCGCUAAACCAGCUAGUCAUGGUAGCCACUCGGUCAGGCCACGUUCACUUUUAUGAUUUCAUUUCGGGCUCUCUUCGACAAACUGUGACUCUGCCGAGUGGUGCGACUAGCAUACUACUCCAAAGGGAUACUGGAAUGCUAGCAAUCAACUGCCGUGACAAUCAGAUUCGGAUACUCGAUACAGACACAUUCGAAGUCAUUCGUCAAUUGCAGGGCUUUACAAAACCGAUAUUGGACAUGACCAUCACGGCCGACUCCCGCUGGCUUGUUGCUACUUCUGCAGACUCUGUCAUUCGCACAUUUGAUUUGCCAACAGGCGCGAUGAUUGAUGCAUUUCGAACAACCAGUGUCGCAACUUCAGUCACGUUCUCGCCCAGUGGAGACUUUUUAGCCUCUGCACACGUUGACAGCGUCGGCAUCUUCCUGUGGGUCAAUAGAGCCCAAUUCUCUGGGUUUAGCUACAAAAGUCUACCCGAAAACUAUGAAAUUCCAUUGCUCGAAACACCAGUGCUAGAUGGGGUCGAGGACAAGCCGACCGAGGAACUUGAAGCGAUGCUCAGGCCAGAUGCAUGGGGUUCCGAUCCUUGCGCAGAUUCUCACAAUGAUCACAUCACCUCAAAGCCCCUAGAAGAAGGACUAAUUACGCUAUCCUGUAUGCCCAAGUCAAAAUGGCAAACAUUGCUAAAUUUGGAAAUCAUCAAGGCUCGCAAUAAACCGACAGAACCACCCAAAGCGCCCGAAAGAGCUCCCUUUUUCUUACCCACUGUGGCGGGUACUGAACCAAGAUUUAAUGUCACAAGCAAAGGUUUGGAGAACCCCAAUAGCUCUGCACCGGCCGAUCAAAAGAAGAAGCGAAAGCUGGACCUUCUUGAUAGCACGAAGGUAGAAGUAGAAUUUACAAAACGACUGACCCAGUCUGAAGCCAGUGGUGAAUAUGAAGAGUUUUUUGAAUAUCUUGGAAACCUUUCCCCCUCCGCCCUGGAUCUAGAGAUCCGAUCACUUUCCGAUAUCCAACACUUAUUGUCAUUGAUCAAAGCAUUAGAGACCCGCCUGAAAGAAGGACAAGAUUUCGAAAUGGUUCAAGCCAUCAUGCGCGUCUUCUUAAAAGUUCACGGCCCAAGGUUGGCAGGAAGCGAGGGAACGUCAAUCUUUGGAUUACCCGACCAGGACGAUGAGCGCCACAAGAUUUUACCAGCAAUCAAUCAUCUCCUGGCGGUCCAAGAAGAAGUUUGUGCGCAGCUGAAUCGAUUGGUAGACUAUGGGAUCGGUGUUAGUGCUUUUGUUCGAGGACUGACGGGCGUUGUUUAAUUGGAUUCGGGUCUCGGUGGAUAAAGCUUUUCAAAUUUGUACAACUCAAGUGAUCAAUGCAAAUAGUCGCUAUUGCUCAAGCCCCUCGUUUUUUAGCGCAUCAUCUUUGGAUUCUUGAAAUGAACUGCUGUCUCCUGAUAGUAAGAUUUACGGCACAUUUGCAACUUUUUUUCCCGCAUCCUGCUGUCCUUUUACCAUCGUGAUCUGGAUUAAAAAUAAAUAAAAAAUAGCUCCUGUGUUGUGAUGUUAGCAAAGUGGACACCGAAGAUUCUUCAAACUCUUGAGGCUCCGUUUCAUAUUUAAUAAUCGUUGCUCGCUUCAUAAGCAACUGAACCACCUCAGUGAAAAUUUCAACUUUUUUAUUAAGCAAUUCAAGCGGCCCCUUUGACAUCUCCAUAAAUAUCAUACUAUGGUUUUGUGAUCUCAGUAUUUCUUUCUAAUAACUGCAAAU